AUGCAAGGAAACCCCCCCGCUCUUCAUCAGUGGCAUCUCAACGGCCCCGGCCAGACUCAUAACUUUAGAGGACCUCCGCUGGGAAUCAUUCAGCAGCGAGGGACCGUCUCGAUGCCCUCGUCGCCUUUGCUGGGAAGGUAUCAGGCAAGUACCGAUAUGGGUGGAAUUGGGUGGAGGGCUCCCCAAACCGCCAUACAAAACGAAUUCAGCUUGCCGGCUUCGGCUAGCGAUACUCAGUCACCUCACCCUUUGACAAACCGCAAUUUUCCAUUUCAGACGCAAACUCCAUCCGCUCCGGCAUAUGAGCAGCAGUACAUGGCCUUGAACCGGUCAUCUCCUAACCAUCUCGCCAGUCUACAGCCUUCGCAAACGCACCCAUCAUUGAUCCUUGGGAGUGAUAAUGGGAACUCAACCUAUCAGCCCGGAUCAGCCUUCAGUAUGCCCAGCUCAAAUUUGUCGGGGAUCUUUCCGAGCAACGAGCAGAUGGAGAACGAAGGUGUCGAUGAAUCAGGAGAAACAGGGAAGAAGAAGAGAGCGCAAGUGAGAGUCGCCUGCACGCAUUGUCAAAAGGCUUGCAAAAAAUGCUCGAAUACUCGGCCAUGCGAGAGAUGUGUGAAAUACGGACUCAACGACUGUGUCGAUUCUGCGCGCAAGCCGAGAAAGACUGGUAUCAAAAGAGGACCAUACAAGCGCCGUGCAUCCAAAUUUGUGACAAACAAUCAGCAAACGAGCAAUUCGUACGUGCCCCAACACUCUUACCCCCCAGCACAUCGACACAAUCAAGGUGAUGCUUCGGCUACCAUCAACGGGCUCGCAAAUGUGACUUCGCCACCUUGGGUGCUGCCUCAGCAGCAAUCAAUCCCUGCAUAUCCCCCUGGCCCUCGCCCCACCUCUUUCGCUUUGACGGAUGCACUUUCGGCAGCAAUCACGGGCCCGAGGUGGGUCAACGGCCAGCGAGUGUCGCCCUUUGGCCAGCAAAUUCCGCCUAUGCAAGUAUCUGCCGAUACAGAGGGAAGACUGCCUCUAGCUCCGGGGAUCGCGAAUGACCCUUUCAGUAGGGCCGUCAGCCCUAUCGCGCCGUUCUCACCGUCAAAGUUGACAAGACAGAGGACAGCCGACCAGAUCGGGCGUGCCGAGGCCGAUCGACCUGACGUUAGUCCAGUAAAAUCUCCUUCUAGCUCCAGAGUAACCUCAACGAGGCCAUCGCUCUCGGUUGUUACAUCUGCGCACAGUCGUCCUCCGUCUGCCCACUCUUCGCAUUCCCCCGAUCCCCCCGAAACGUCAUCACCCUACUAUGUCCCCGCCAAGAUCCGAAAGCCUAGUCUGUGGACGUUGAUGUCAGCGAGCUCUAUCCCAGGCUCUCCAGUCCUUGUCAAUCCUGACACCGCGCAUCAUCCCAUCGUCGAUCACGUUCCACGCACGAAUAUCGACAAGGAGGUCGAUAGUCCAACGCUGUUUAAUCAACCCAUGGGCAUGGAAAAUCUCGACCUUGGAUCCCGUGGACUCGAUUUUGAGACGUGGAUUGGGCUCGGAAGUGAGUUGAAAGACGGCCGAGAGAUGGGCGAUAGGGGAGAAGCGAUACCCAGGAGGCAGAGUGGACAGGUAACCGAUGGAGGUGACAGCGCACGGGUGAUGGAAGGAAUGGGAAUGGCGGGCUUCGAGAGCUUAAUGGGGUUCAACUGA